GUAUGAAGCUAAAUUUAUCAAUAAAGUCGUUGAGGAGAUAUCAGUUCAAAUACUCAACAACACAUAUUUGGAUGGGCCAGCAUACCCAGUUGGAAUAGUGCCUUGUGUAACAGAUGUCAAUAAGCUUUUAGGUGUUGAUGGAAAUGGUCAUUGCAUGGUUGGGAUAUGGGGGAGUCCUGGAAUAGGCAAGACAACAAUUGCGAAAGCUGUUCAUAAUUCAAUUGCAAACAAGUUUGAAGGUAGCUGUUUCCUGGCCGAUGUUAGAGAAAAAUCAAUGUAUGGAGGACUAAUCAAAUUACAAGAGGCUCUUCUUUGUCAGGUCCUAGGAAGCAUAAACUUCCAAUUGUUCAGUCUUGAUAAAGGAAUCAAUGUUAUCAAGAACCGGCUGAGCCGUAAGAGGAUUCUCUUAAUUCUUGACGAUGUGAAUCAGUUGGAUCAGUUAGAAAAGUUAGCUGGAACUGGUUGGUUUGGUAAGGGAAAUAGAGUUAUUGUAACAACAAGAGAUAGGGGAUUGCUAGCUCGUCAUGGAAUUGAGUUAAUAUAUGAGGUCAAAAAAUUAGCUCAUCGAGAUGCACUUGAGCUUUUCAGUAUGAUUUCCUUCAAAAGAAAGGAGCCUCCAGGUUCACAUCUACGUAAUCAAAAAUUAGAGUAUUGGGAUGCUACAUUAAGAAGUUAUGAAGCUGAUCCUUACUUAGAUAUUCAGAAAAUACUUAGAACAAGUUAUGAUGGAUUGAAUUAUCAUGUGCAACAAGUUUUUCUGGACAUUGCAUGUUUUUUUAAGGGUGAAGAUGUGGACUAUGUGACACAAGUACUUAAAGGCCCUAAGCUUAACUUUCCUGAGAACUGUAUUCGGGUGCUCGUAGAGAAUGCCAUCAUAACUCUUGAAUGCAAUAUGAUUUUGAUGCACGACUUACUUGAACAAAUGGGUAAGGAUAUUGUUCAUGAAGAAUCUCCCAAUGAGCCGGGAAAACGUAGCAGAUUGUGGUUUCAUGAGGAUGUGCGCGAGGUUCUAGAUGACAAUUCUGGGACAAAUACACUUAAAGGCAUCAUAGUAAAUUUGCCCAAACCUGAUGAGAUACCUUUGAAUGCAAAAUGCUUCUCAGCCAUGAAGAACCUUGAAUUUUUUAUAAACCAUAAUGCAAGCCUUUCUGGAGAUACCGUUGAUUAUCUCUCCAACAAGUUGAGAGUGAUUGAUUGGGGCAACUGUGAGUUGCAAUAUUUGCCAUCCAGUUUCCAACCAAAGUAUCUUGUCCUAUUCAGUAUGCCUUGCAGUCGUAUCAAACAACUUGGAGACGGGUGUAAGAAUCUGGCGAAGUUGAUGUCCCUAAAUUUAACAGGCUGUAAAUUCCUAGCAAAAAUCCCUGACUUGUCUGGAAUGGAAAACUUAAAAUACUUGACCCUUAGUGGUUGUAAGAGUUUAAUUGAGGUCGAUUCUUCUAUAGGAUUUCAUGAUAAACUUGCUACAUUGGACCUUUCAAGAUGCACCAACCUUGUGAAUUUUCCACCAAUGAUUAGGUUGAAAUCUCUAGAGAUGUUGAUUCUUAGCGGUUGCAAAAGGCUUGAGAAUUUCCCAGAAAUUGUAGACAAGAUGGAUUCCCUUAGGGGAUUGGAAAUCCAAGAAAGUGGCAUAAGAGAAUUACCUUCAUCAAUUGCAUAUCUCAGUGGACUCGAAAGUUUAUGGGCAUAUGGAUCUCAGAGAGUGCCCAAAACUCGGCACAUUACAAAACAUGAUAAACUCGGAAAUUUCAUCCUCAGCUGGAUCAAGGCCGCUUUCAGCUGA